AUGCGGCGCCCGCGCAGCGCGCACGCGCGAGGCGGGCGGCCGUCGAUACGGAGCCACGGCGCGCUCUUCUCCUCCGCGCCACCCCGCCUGCCGCUGGCCAAGACGCGCUCGCUGGGUGCGCUGCACUCGCCCCCCGUUUGCGCUGGCAGCCCUGCCGAUGCCGGGGGUGGAGGGGGGCGUGACUCAGUGCAGUGCACCGAUAGCGAGCCGGCCGGCCGACCGGGGCCCAAGGCGUCCAUAUUCGACACAGUCAGGCAGCGCUUGCUCGACGCGGAGCUCGUGUGGCCGCCGCCGCGGGGUGUGUCCGACGAUGACGCCGCCGCGGCGGUCAAUACCGCGCUGCUGCAGAACGCGCAGAGAGAUCUGAUCAUCGAGAACACUUUCCUCGCGCUACAGGGUAAGUACGGUGUCCGCUACUCGCGCGGGAGCGGCAGCCCUUCGCCGUCCGAGGGUGACAGCGGGGACGACGACGAUGACAGCGACGAGUCGCUGAGCUCCGGAUCGGACGAGGCUGACGGCGACUUCAGGUCGAUCUUCCUGCGGCCGCUGUCCAGCCUAUUUAGGCGCAUCUAUACCGGCCCUUCGUCCGCGAUGGGCAACCUCCAGGCGUCCGAGGGCAAAAAGGGCGGCACGGGUGGCAAGAGCCCGGCCAAGAACAAGAAGGACAAGGGGCUGACGGGAGGGCGCAAAUCUCCCGGCCAAGCCAAGUCGGCGAAAGCUGCAGCCGCCGCCGCCGCCGCCGCAGCCACUGCUCACCCCCAGCAGCAGCGCCGCCAGACCGCCGACAGUGCAGCCGCGCCGCCGACAGAUGGCUCCGCCGUCGCGGUCACCUGUUUCGAGCGCGUGGAGGACGCCGGCAGUCGCACGCGGCAAGCGGUCGCCGGGGCUUCCGACGAGAAGUCAGACGCUGCAGCGGUCGCGCAGACGCCAGUUGCUGCUGGCCCGGGAGAAACGGCGCCGUCGCCGGCGGCGGCGACGACGACGGUGACGACGACAACGACGACGUACCUGGUGACGGACUCGUGGCGGCAUGUGAAGAAGCUGGCCAUCACGACGCCGGGCGCCGCCGUGGCCGGGGGCUGCGCUGCCGCGGGGGCGGCGGCCGGGGGCGGCGCGGGGGCGGACUCGUCGGCGCUGAUGCUGACGCCGCCCAGCCGCGAGUCCAGCUCGGAGUCCGUCUUCACGGACCCGCUCACUCCGCAGGGCUUUGCCGAGACGUACAGCGCACAGGCGGCCGCGGCGGCGAGCGACGCGGUGUCGCUGUCCGCGUCGGUGGUGGACCCGGACGAGGUGACGCUGACGCUGACGGAGGACGGCUCCAGCGGCGCCACGACGCCGGGCUGCGCCAGGCGCGCCGGCAGCGUCGACGCGCUCGCCGCAGCCGCAGCCGCCGGGAUGCCGCAGGAGGCGACGCAGCAGCAGCCGCAGCAACAGACGCAGCCGGCCGCCUCCUUCACCCUGGUCCGCCACCGCAAAGUGGAGCUGGCGCCAGUUCCGGCACCGCCGCCACCUGCGCCCCAGACGGGUGUGGAGCAGCAGCAGCAGCAGCAGACGGUGGACACUCGCCGCCACUCUUCGCUGAGCGACUCCAUCCCCGACAGCAACGUGCUGAGGAAGGUGGCCAGCCUCACGCUAGACAAGGGCACGCUCGAGCAGAGGGUCAACCGGCCGCGCUUCGUGCCCGAGAAGCUCGACUUCCAGAUCUACCAGAAGUUCGAAGGCCAAAUGCUGGUCAACUGGUUCAUCUCAGCAUUUCCAGAGGACCACUACCUGAAGCUGUAUCUGACAAAUCAAGACUUAAGAAUUCUUGCAGUGCAGUUCUGCACUCACCUUCUGGCAGCUGGUGUAAUUCGUCAAAUACCUGAUAAAGAUGCUGCCUUGGACACACUCUUCAGGCCGGACCUGAUGUAUUACUGGGCACAUACAGAGGCACCUGCAGCGGCACCCCCAACCCCAGGGAAACUGACAAGUUUAGCCUGGCCUCCUCCCAGCCCUAUAGGAAUCCCACAGGAACCUGUCAGUUCUGUCACAAAUCGACCAGGAGCACGCUACACAGAAGCUGAUGGUACUCCAGUUUCUGCUCCUCCAACACCUGCAGCAGGGAGUGUGGACAAGUCAAUACGCAGAUUAGAAGAAGAAGAAUUCCAGCAAGUGGUUAUGGGCCUGAAACGAGAACACCGUGAAACUCUAAACAGGCUAAUACGAAAUCAGGAAGUAGCUUUAUUCAACCUGCGGGGAGAGCAUGAACAGAAGGUCUAUGAGUCAGAACAGAGGAUAGCUGAGCUAGAAGAACUUAUUGACUCUUUGAGGCAACAAAUGGAAGCAAAUAAGACCAUAGCUGAUAUUGAGUCGCUGACAGCAAAAACAAAGGCCGAUUUUGACUCUCCAACAAGAGAUGGCUCUUUCAGAUUUUCUUCUGAGAAGAAACAGAACAAAAUGAAAACUAAACCUGAGGACAUGGUUGUCAUGAGAGCUGUCCCUGCAGUUGUUGAAGAGGAACCAAAGAAACCUGAAAUCCACACAAAGAAAGUGAUUGUCCUGUGUGAAAAAGCAACAGACACUAAAGACUUAAUACCAGUGAAGGAGCAGUGUGUUUCAACUACACUGCCUCUUGAAAACAAUAGUAUGACAAUGUCAAGUGAGAAAGUUCAGCAUGAAAAUAAUGAAACAUCAAGAGUAGGUGGCAUUCUGCAUCAGGCAUCAGACUAUUCUCCUGCAGUUACAGCAACUGAGACUUCUGCUGAAAGUUGUGUUCUGGAUAAAGUACCUGAAUCAGUGCAGAAUUCUGUACCUGUGACAGCUCAAGUUUCUUCUGAUCGACUUGUAUCUCCUUCUUCUGCCAGCCAUCCAUCUCCUCCAGCUCCACCGCUGAUGCAGUCAUUUCCACCCACUGGAAUGGGAGGUCCAGCACCACCACCGCCACCGCCGCCGCCACCUCCACCCCCUGUAAUGGGAGAUGCUCUGUCACCUCCACCUCCUGAAGUGGGAGUUCCUCCACUACCACCGCCACCACCCCUUGGAAUGGGAGUAUCACCACCAGUGCCCCCUCCACCCUCUGGAAUGGGAGGCCCACCGCCGCCACCUCCUCCACCCCCUGGAAUGGGAGGCCCUCCACCUCCGCCCCCUCCACUCCCUGGAAUGGGAGGCCCUCCGCCACCGCCCCCUCCACUCCCUGGAAUGGGAGGCCCUCCACCACCGCCCCCUCCACCACCUGGAAUGGGAGGGCCACCGCCGCCCCCUCCACCCCCAGGCUUGGGAAUCCCUCCUCCUCCUCCGGCACCAGGUGGUGGUCCUCCACCUCCACCUCCAGUACCAGGUGGUCCAAUGCCACUGCCAGUGCCACCUGUCGGUGGAUGGACUGCCGGAAAAGCCAUGGCUCCUGGACCUGUUACAGUGUUGAGGAAAAAGCCUGUGAACCCUACAGUACCUAUGAAACCUCUUUACUGGACUCGAAUUGUUGUGCCAUCAGCAGAAAGUGUUAAGCAGCAGUCUGCUCUUUGGGAAGAUUUGGAAGAAGCCAAAAUUGAAGAUAUUAGUGAAUUUGCAAAUCUGUUCUCUCGACAAGUGAUUGAACGGAAACCAGCAAAGAAGAAAGAAGAAAAGCCUACAAAGCAACAGGCAGUAAAAAUUCUUGACAGCAAACGUUCUCAGAAUGUUGGUAUUCUUUCAUCUAGCCUACAUGUAGACUUCUCAGAAAUAGAAAAUGCAAUAUACAAUUUUGAUACAACAGUUGUGAAUCUGGAAGCUCUACAACAGAUAUAUGAUUCUAGACCAACCGAAGAAGAGCUUUCAUUAAUUCGGAAUCAUGUUGCAACUAACCCAAAUAUUCCCCUUGACAAGCCGGAACAGUUCCUUUAUGAACUUGCAGAAAUACCAAAUUUUGCUGAACGCAUUGCAUGUUUCAUGUUCCAGUCAGACUUUGAAGAUGGUAUAUCUUCUAUUGAAAGUAAACUGAACAACUUAAAAUCCACUUGUCAGUUUUUGACAACAUCAGAAAGUCUGAAGACAGUACUCAGCAUUAUACUGGCUCUGGGAAAUUAUAUGAAUGGUGGAAAUCGUACACGUGGACAGGCAGAUGGAUUUGGAUUAGAAAUUCUGGCAAAGUUACGUGAUGUCAAGAGCAAAGACAAUAGUGUUACAUUGCUUCAUUUUAUUGUAAGAGCAUAUAUGAAAAAAUGUGAUGAUCCAUUAAAUCCUGAAAUGGCUUUACCUGUGCCUGAACCAGGAGAUAUUGAAAGGGCAGCAGUUGUUCAUUUUGAUGACCUUGCUGCUGACUUACAAAAACUGGAGAGAGAUUUGACAGCAUGCAGCAAUAAAACACAAAAAGUUAUUGAGGCCUCUUCAGAAAAUAAUUUACAGCCUUUCAAGGAUAAGAUGGAAUUUUUUAUAACAAGAGCCAAGAAGCAGCUGCUUGGUGAAACAGAAAAUUUAGAGGAAUGCAAGCAAAAGUUUUAUGGCACAAUGGAAUUUUAUCAAUACCAGCCGAAAGGUAAUAAAGAAGAUGUAACACCUAAAGAUUUCUUUGCUUUGUGGCUACCAUUUUGCUGUGAUUUCAAGGAUAUAUGGAAGAAAGAGCAGCAGAGGUUAAUAAAAGAAAAACUACAAGAAGUGAAGCGGAAACGUGAGGAGAAACUGGAUGUAAAGAAAUCAAAAAUAACAGGUGGUGGAUUGAAAGCAAAAGUACAGAUGCGAGCAAAGAUGACACCUGUGAGUUAAAAGCAAGUCUACACAAUGUACCUGUUCAUCUGCAUAACUACUCAUGCCUGUCACCAUCAUCAUUGCCACUUCUGUUCGUGCCGCUGUUUCACCAAGCUACUUUCAAAAAUUAUGUAAAUGUUACAUAUGGUGCUAUUAAAUUAAAGCAGAUUCAUUAUUUAUUAACACACUGUAAAUAGCUUGUAUUAUAAAUGGAUGUAAAUUUAAUGUACUGUCAUUUGUGUUUUUCAGUAACAAUGUACAUAAAACAAUACUUAAUUUUAAGUAAAGAGCUUCUAAUGUGACAA